AUGGCAAAUAUUUUACUUAGCAAACAAGGAAAAAUAGUUCUAAAAUUCAAAAAAUUAACAGAACAUGCAAUUAAACCAAUGAAAGCAAGUGAAUUGAGUGCAGGUUAUGAUCUGUUCAGCGCUUAUGAAAACAACGUGACAUCCAAAGGAAGUGCUCUCAUUAAAACUGAUCUACAGAUACAAGUGCCAGAUGGUUGUUAUGGUAGAAUUGCUCCACGAUCUGGAUUAGCUCUUAAACAUUCGAUUGAUGUUGGAGCAGGUGUUAUUGACGCUGAUUACAGAGGUAAUGUUGGAGUUAUCUUGUUCAAUUUCGGAGAUUCAGAUUUCCAAGUUAAAAAAGGAGAUAGAAUUGCUCAGCUAAUUUGUGAAAAAAUAGAGUACCCGGAGCUUGAAGAAGUUGAUGAAGGUGAAAUUAUGGAAGUCACCAGUCGCGGAGUGAAUGGAUUUGGUUCGUCAUGA